AUGGCCAGCUUUCAGCACCCCUUUCAGAGCUUGAAACUUGUCAAGCGCCAUUCGCAGGGCCUUCCUAAUGUCUUGGUGGCCUCCGCGGGCUCAUAUAUCUACUCCUAUGGAGCCGAGAGCGGGCAGCGUCUGGCUGUAUGGCCCCAGCAGGUAGAGACCAGCCGCGGAUCUACUUCGGCUCCAACAUCAACAUCGGAUGAUCAGGCUCCGCCCGAGAAGAGGAUCAGGCUCUCGUCGCCUGAGAAUGAUUCUGAGCAAAAGCCUGCCGCGACAACGGACGGUUCCACCGCCUGGACCAAUAUUCCCAUAGUAUUGGUAACCUCUGACGGCAAGCAUGUAGUAGCCUUGACUGCCGAGGACAAAUGCAUCCGAGUGUUCAGCUUGACCGAAGAUGGACAUUUCAAGGAGCUCAGCUCUCGGAAUAUGGCCAAGAAGCCAUGCGCAUUGGAUUUGACUCCCGACGGCCAGACCAUCCUGUGUGCUGACAAAUUUGGCGAUGUCUACUCUCUACCUCUGAUUCCCGGGGAGUACGUGAAGCCGAAGAUCCAAGCUAAAAAGCCCAAGCCGGUUGCGACCACGCUCACUGUGCAUUCGAAGCGUAACCUUCGUUCUUUGGAGCAACAGCACAUGCAUGCCGAGCGGGCUGAAAAGGCCGCUAGGGCUCAAGAGGAGGGCGAGGAGAAGACCGCCCUCAACUUUGAGCACCAGCUUAUCCUUGGUCACGUCUCGAUGCUGACUGAUGUCAUCGCUGUGUCUCUGCCAGGCGCAGUGGGAAGCCGCCCAAGGAACUACAUCCUGACUGCGGAUCGCGAUGAACACAUUCGUGUAUCCCGUGGUAUUCCUCAGGCCCAUGUCAUUGAGCAACAAUGCUUGGGUCACACUUCCCUUAUUAGCAAGAUCUGCAUUCCUUCGUGGGCACCUAGUGUCCUGAUCUCUGGUGGCGGCGAUGGCCAGCUACUUGUGUGGAACUGGAGUGAAGGCCAACUCCACCAAAAGAUGCCAUUGGGUGAUUCGAUCCAGGAUGCCAUCGUGAGUGGGAUCUGGGAUGUCUCUUUUGACCAGCCUGCUGGCACUGCUGGAUCUAUUAACUUAAUUUUGGUUGGCCUGGAAGGCACCCCUCAACUCCUCUGCUACACCCUUGAGAGCGACAACACACUCAAGUCUCAAGGUGUUGUUCAGCUAUCUGGAAAUGUACUCGACAUUGCCUGCAUUGAUUCCCAAGGCUCUGUUGUCAUCUCGCUGGAUACCAUUCGAGAGUCUGGCUCUACGGAUAUGUGGAAGGAGAACGCAGUGUCUCCCCAAACUCUCACUGAGUGUCUCCAGUUCAGCAUUGCCGAUGGAGGCCUGAAGUGGACUGUGGGUGAUGACACGAGGACGGCCUCUAUCAAUGCAGGUGGCACCUCUAGUCUUCCUGUCACGCUGGACGCCAAACAAAAGAAAACAAUUAACGACACCUUGUACAACCUGGGCAAUCUCCGGAAGAGAACCUUUGAUGACUAA